CAUUCCUUUUCCUCCCUCAGCUUCUCUCAUAUUCUCUCUCUCUCUCUCGCUCUCUCUCUCUCUCUCUCUCUCUCUCUCGCUCUCAAGUCCCUCACUUUCUUCUGCAGUGUAUUCAUUCUUGGGUUCAUCAGUCAGUGCUUUCUUGGAUCAUGGGAGGGAAGAUCUUCCAAAUCCUCUGAGAUCAUCACCACAUAUACAUAUACAUAUACAUAUAUAUACUUACACAACCACACACAUAUAUAUACGUACAUAUAUCUAUAUAUCCACAAGAACACUUCUUCUUCUCAUCAUGACCUGUUCUUUUCAUAGGGUGGAGAGGAUGGAAAACAGGACCUCGUUAAAGAAAAAGUUCCUCCAGAAAUGGAUAAAGGGUCUCCAAUUAUAUAGUCCUUCCGAGAACUUGACCACUAUCACCGAAAGAAGAAAGUUCAUAAAGCUCUCGGCAGACAUAGCCAUGGCCUCGGUUCGAGGCAGCAUGACAAAGUGGAGCCGUGCCUUAAUCGCAAACGCGUCCUGUAACUCCGAGAACAAAGUCCUCGUCGAGCAAAUAUCCGGCUGUAGUACGGAAAUCUUGAGGAAGUCAGCACCGGAUUUGGGCCGAGCAUGUAGAUUACAAGCUUCAGUUGCCAAGAAGAUCACCAGCAAGAAGAUCUUGAAGAGAAGCCGAAGAAUGAGGAAACGUGAGCCUCUGCCGAGCCGACUGCUGCCGAGUUCUAUUGCAAAGAGGUUGGUGAAGAAGAGGACCCAACUGCUGAAGAGUUUACUGCCGGGAGGCGAAUCCAUGGAUGACGAGUCUCUGAUCAAGGAAACCCUAGAUUACAUAGUGUCUCUCCGAGCCCAGGUCGAUGUAAUGCGGUCUCUUGCUCGUAUGUCAGGAUUUAAAUCAUCGUAAAUAAGAUCAAAUAGAUAGUUAUUAUUAUCUACUUAGCUAAUAGCUAUUUAUGUUUUGCUUGUCAAUAUAUGCCUAAUAUCUAUAUCUUUGUGUAGGAAGACCAUAUGUAGAGAGAGAUGAGGCGCGAAAUGUGAUUAUUAUGAUAUCAAUACGUAUUGAGCCUAUGCCUUCUUUC